AUCCUCAUAACAACUCAACACAGUUCACAGAAUUUUCAGCUUCUACUGAAGAUUUUAAUUUUGUAUUGUCAUGGCUCGAGGCAGUAGCGCUGGGUUUGAUCGGCAUAUUACUAUAUUUUCUCCAGAAGGUCGAUUAUAUCAAGUUGAAUAUGCCUUUAAAGCAAUCAAUCAAGGUGGUCUGACAUCUAUUGGUUUAAAAGGAAAAGAUGUUGCAGUUUUAGUUACACAAAAGAAAGUUCCUGACAAGUUAUUGGAUCCAUCCUCUGUUUCCCAUGUUUAUCCAAUUACUGAAAGGAUUGGAGCUGUCAUGACUGGACUCGUAGCUGAUGGGCAAUCUCAAGUUCAAAGAGCCAGAUAUGAAGCUGCUAACUGGCAAUAUCGUUAUGGUUAUACUAUACCUGUGGAUAUGCUGUGCAAAAGAAUUGCAGAUAUUUCACAAAUCUACACUCAGAAUGCUGAAAUGAGGCCAUUAGGAUGUAGCAUGAUGUUGAUUGCUUAUGAUGAUGAACGUGGUCCUUUGCUAUAUAAAGCAGAUCCAGCUGGAUAUUACUGUGGUUAUCGAGCAACUAGUGUUGGUGUUAAACAAACUGAGGCUAACAGUUACUUAGAGAAAAAGUUUAAGAAGAAAUCUGUCUAUGAGCAUGAUGAAGCAGUUCAGCUGGCCAUAUCUGCCUUAUCCACAGUGCUAUCAGCUGAUUUUAAGCCGUCAGAAAUUGAAGUUGGUAUUGUUUCAAAAAGUGAACCCAAAUUCAGAAAAUUGACCGAAGCUGAAAUUGAAGUGCAUUUGACUACUAUAGCUGAAAAAGAUUAAGUCAAAAUGAACUGUUCAUAAUUUCAUUCAGAUGGAAUAUUUGUCAUCUAUUAAAAUAAAAAAAAAAUUCUUUUUUUAAAA